AUUGCAUUUGAAAUAAUUUACUAAACUCUUUUUGUUUUUCAUUUUUAUUUAAGUAACAGAAAGUUCAAAAAAAAAAUGAAUAUAGUUUCAACUGGUCGAUCAACAAUUCUCUCUGAAUUUCCUGAUUUACAAACCAAGUUCAUAUAUCAACAUGCUAACAAUGAAAAGACUGAUUUCUUAUUUAGCCAAAAACGUCUUCUUUUGGAAGUGAAUGAAAAAUCUGGUUUAGAAUUUUUAAGAAUUAAAGAUUCAGCAAAUCAAAAACCUGAUAUCACGAGAAUUAAAAAGAUAAAAGUUGACAAUUUGGUUUGUAUUUCUUGUCCGAAACAAGGUAACGAGGAAGUUGCUCUUGGAUUAUCCAAUGGUCAAGUACAACUGUUAAACUAUAAGGAAACAGAGUUUGUCCAUAAAUUCCCUGCAGAUAAUUCUCGCAACAGUGUCAUCAGUUUAGAUUACAAUGCAUCUGAUGAGUAUAUAUCUUCAGUGUAUGAAAAUGGUAAAAUCAACAUUUAUGGAACCAAAACAAAAACCAAACUGCAAACUCUUAACUUAGAUAACAAUUCUACACUGGGUCGUUUUCACCCAACCAAACGGUUUCACUUGUCCAUUGCAUCCUACAAAGGAUCAGUUUAUAUUUAUGAUAUUCAAUCGAAGAGAACAAUUUUCACAUCGCAGGAAUGCCAUGAGGCUCCAUGUAAAGAUCUCUGCAUGUCUCCAGCUUUGCCUGAUGUUCUGUUAAGUGUUGGCUAUGAUUGUAUUAUAAAUGUCUUUGAUACCCGUAAAAAGUCACAACCCCAACAGAUUCGAUACUGCCAUCCCUUGUCCACAGUUGCGCUCUCUGAGUGUGGUAAUUAUUUUUGUGUGGGAAAUCUUAAAGGUGAACUUAUCACUUACGAUAUGCGUAACACAAAGAAUUACAUAGCAGCUAAAAAGAUACACGACUGCGCAGUAACUAGAAUAGCAUUUGUCCCAAGCGAAGGUGAAAACAGUGCAAGUUUUACAAUUGCAGGGAAUCAGACACACUUAGACACUGCAAAUUAUGAUGCUCGGAAGUCGUUGGCCAAUGCGGAGCUUAUGAGCAAAGGUCGUCGAGAUUCGUUUUGUGAUUUUCUGGAUUUUCAAGCUUGUCGUGGCAAUGAGAAGGUCUCGAGUCGCUUUACAAUACGCCAACGAGACAGCUUCGAUUGGGACGCACUUAAUAAGAAGACCCUUCAUGAAGACUUGCGUUCAAGCUUUGUGCCAUCUAUAAAUCAACCGAACUGUACAAAUUCAUCAGAAAGUCCAAAUCCCAGUAGCAGCUUUGAAAAUUCUCAAUCACCAGGAAAGGAAAAUCUACCAAGUCCUUCGAGAUGUGAGAGUCUUCAAGUGCCCAAUAUUAUGCAUCGCAGAGAUGAUAUCAGUGCCUUACGUGAUCGCAGCAACACCGAACAAAAGUUGAAUAAAAUUCAAGAGGAAAAUGAAUAUGAUAUUCUGUUGGGAAAUGAUGGCUCUGCCGAAAAAGAUGGAGAAAUAAUGAAUAUCUCACAGAAAGACAUCAUCGACGGAGGAUGCUUCCUCAAGCUAAAAGAUGACCAAAAGAGUACUCCCAAUAACUUCAAAAGAGCUUCGUCUGAUGGGCUUACCAAACUUCUAAAUACCAAGCCACAGAACUUGGAUGUGAUGCAGGAAUUGAAAAACAUUCGAAUUGAAAUGGAGGAACGAUUUGCGGCACUUGAAUCGGAAUUGAAAUUCAACUCUGAAACUAACAAAUGGCAUAUUUUAACACAGAACAGCAAUUUGUGGAAUAAACAAGUGAAUUGUACGGAAGAGAUAAAAACUUCAUUGGGUAUCUUGCUGCAAACGGAUCCAUUUGUAAAUGAAUACUUGCGUAUGAAGGAAGAAAAUCAAAUACUGCGAAACAAACUACUGGAUUUGGGUCAUCAAUUGUAGUUUAGUCUAUGUAAGAAGGGAUAAUACGUUUUAAACAAAUUCUGAUUAUGAUAAUUCAGUAUUGCAGUUUUUUAUUUAAAAUAAAGCAACCGUUAUUUAUU